ACAUGGUUCCAAUGGAUAAAUACAUCCAAAAAUGAGUUGUAAUGACUCUCAGUACAAAAAAAAAUACAUUUCUACCGGCAGUUUUCGAACCGGCUAUUUGGCGAAUUGAUCUUUAGCGGCAGUCAAUUAAAACUGCCGCAAAAAGCACGGGCUAGGUAUUAUCGCCUUCUUCCUUCCCUCUUUCUUUUUCAGGUUUCGUCUUCUUCCCGCCCUCUUUCUCUCAGCCAUCUCUCUUUCGCUCUCUCUCUCUAUUCAAUCUCACCUAUUAAUUUCUCUUUGUUUUCCACUGGACAACACCAACCGGCGAUGCCUAGGUAAAUCAAAACCCGAAUUGAUCAAUUCAUCACCGGAGAACAUCCUGUCCUUUAUUGUUCAGCCACUCUUCAACACUUCAAUCGACAUUUUCUCUUCUGAAUCAGUUAGUAUUCAAUUUUGGUAUAAUGAGGAUAAUUACUCAAUCAACACGAGGUUUUAGAGACUUUCCUUCUAUUUUCUGAUAAGUUUUGGUGUUUAUAUUAAUCAGAAUCAGUUCAGCCAAACUGUAUGCUCAAGUUGAUUUCAUAAAAUAUCUAGCUAUAGAGUUUAGGUUUGUGAUUCUUGUUGUAUAUCUGAUUCUUGCUUUUGUUCCUGAGAGAACCUCUCCCACUCAAAUAGGUAUGAGCUAGCCCACGUGCCAUGUAAGGGUUUGUGAGUUUGUAACUUAUUUAAGUUAAUGUCCAGACUUGCAGUUCAUGUUCCUCUAGUAUGUAUUUCUAGUGGAGUUUGCAGGUCAUGCGGUUAUUUUGAAGCCGGAAGCUCUGGUAGAGUCCAUGUGUAUUGCUUCGACGAAAGUCUGAAUCUCGUUCUCAUCAGAAAAGAUCUCGAGCUCUUCGUACAGAAAAAACUGGGUUUGAGUGCAUAUGCCAAUGAUCCCCAGAAGGCUGCAGAUUGAGAAAGCAGAAGAUGUUGUUACUAAAGAGUUGUGUCACAAGACACCAGUCAGAAUUGGGGUCAGGGAUUUUCUUGAAGACAAAAGUUCCUUGAAGUCAAAACCAGAGUGGGUCACUGUUCUGGAUGGAACUCAGGAAGGCGCUUUUCAAUGGGAGGAGAAAAGGACACUAGAGAGGGAACUAGCAAGAWUUAAAGUUUCAGCUAAUCGAGUUGCAGCUGUGGUGGCUAACGAGUGGAAAGAUGAUAAUGACAAAGUCAUGCCCAUUACGCAAUGCCUGGAGGAGCGGAGGUUCUUUCAGGUGGAAAGAGCACUCGAUGUUGCUGAAAAACUUGUAAGAACAUCACCUGAUGAACUCCAGCAUGUGUCUGGUGAUCUUGUGAGAGCUCUUGCGCAGGUCCGUUGCUCUGAUUUGACCAUCAAAGGGGAGGAAGAAUCAGCUGAAAUAAAGAGGCAAAGAGCACUAGUUGUAUUGCUUGUCACAUGUCCAUUUGAACCUGUGGAUGUCCUCAACAAACUAUUAUACUAUCCUAAUGUGGAUGUUAGUCAACCUAUCCUGAUACUUGAUGUAAUGACUGAUGCAGCUGAGGAGCUUGCAGAUGCUAAAAUCAUCAGGCCAGAACGGAAUAAGAAGAUACUUAUAUCAUCAAUGUCAGAGAGCCAGCCAUGGUUUUUGCCUAGUAACAGAGGACCUCCUGGAGUAGGUUCCUGGAAAGAGGUCUCAGACACAGGACCUUUAAGUUGGUCAUAUCGAUAUGAGAGAGAUCUUCCCUUGAAACCAAAUCAGAUCAAAGUGGGGAAGUCACGAAGAUGGAGUAUUCGAUCAACCAAGAUACAAGAAAACCAACUGGACUUGUCAAAAAAUAAAUUCCCUGUAUAUGUAGCAGCAUUUAUGCUCCCAAUACAAACAUCAAUCAUUAAAUUCUUUUUCAUAUUUAUUAAUGAAAAAUUUUUUGGGUGAA